GGACUGACCUGCUGGGCUGGGGCACGCACAUGAACACUCUACUCAUGUUCAUACCCAGCCUCGGAUCAACUCCAAGAGGCUCCGAGAUGGACUGAGAUCCACUGGUUGUGACCACUGGACUAGAGGCAGACAUGGAGUUAUCCUGGGCCUGAGGCUCAAAAACAGACAACGGGGUUGAUGAGGCCCUGUAUCAGGACAGGCCCAGCACAGCCGCUUGCAUAUCAGGCUUAAAUGGCAACUCAGUGGUAUUAGCUGCGGUUGGUGUGAGGCAAGGUUCCAGCACUUCCACACCCCUCCCCUCAGGGGCUCGAGCUCUAGCAGCUUACGGGGGGGAGCGGCGCAAAGGAGAGCGGCCGCCUUCCCAGCGCACGCGUGGAGGCUGUUCCAUAGCUCUUCCCCGAGCCGCUCGUCAAGGGCAGCAUUGCGCAUGCGCACAGGGUGUCAACAGUGACGUAUAUCCCGAGUGCCGGGUGAUGCAAGAAACUCUCCAUCGCCAAGGAAACGGGACUGGACUGGAGAGGGAAGCGGCGGCCACUGUCCCGCGCCUCCUCUCUCUCCGCCGCCGCUGCUAUCGCUAUUGCUAUCGCCAUCAUGUGCGAGCCCAGCAAGCAGGACAUCGCCGCCAUCUUCAAGCGGCUCCGCUCAGUUCCCACCAACAAGGUGUGUUUUGACUGUGGAGCUAAAAAUCCUAGCUGGGCAAGCAUAACGUAUGGUGUUUUUCUUUGUAUUGAUUGCUCGGGGACUCAUCGAUCGCUUGGUGUUCACUUGAGUUUCAUUCGGUCUACAGAAUUAGAUUCCAAUUGGUCUUGGUUUCAGUUGAGAUGUAUGCAAGUUGGAGGAAAUGCUAGUGCUUCUGCUUUUUUCCAUCAACAUGGGUGCUCAACAAAUGAUACCAAUGCCAAGUACAAUAGCCGAGGUGCCCAGCUUUACAGGGAAAAAAUUAAAUCUCUUGCAGCACAAGCCACAAGGAAGUAUGGUACUGAUUUGUGGAUAGAUGGCUGUGGAAUUCCACCUUUAUCCCCCCAAUACAUAGAAGAAGAUUUUUUUGCAUCACAUGUUUCACCUAAGACAAAUAACUCGGAGUGGGUGUCCUUACAACCAGAGCCAGUUUCUCUAAUGCAGAGUUCUUCAGAAAUCACUACAGACAGUAAUGAAGGUGCAGCAGAACAUGGCCCAAGUGUUGAUUGUCUCAGUGUGUCACCGAAAGCUGCAGUAGCUGACUUGAUGAAAUUAAAUGCUGCAGGCAUCACACCUAACAAAGAGAGCACCUCCGUUAUAAAAAAGAAGCCAAAUCAAGUUAAAAAAGGGCUUGGUGCCAAAAAAGCUGGUUUGGGAGCACAGAAAAUGAGCAGCCAGAGUUUUAAUGAGUUUGAAAAGCAAGCGCAAGCUGUAGAUAAAUUGAAAGAACAGGAGGGUCUGCCUAUCAGUAAGAGAAGUGAGAAGGAAGAACCACUAGUAUCAUCUUUACGAUUGACCUACAAGGAUCUUGAAAUUCAAAGGAAAGAUGAAAAAUUAAAUCUGACUGGUAAAAAGAAAUCUGAGAUAGAAAGACUUGGCAUGGGAUUUGGCAGCAACAGAAGUGGCAUUUCUCAUUCUGUUGUCUCAGACAUGCAAAUGAUAGAGCAAGAAACACCCACAGUUGCAAAAACAAAGAAAAAAUACAUCAAUGAGGGGGAUGAUUCAUACUUCUCUUCCUCUAGUUCAAGGUGUUAUGAUUCUGCAGAGCUGAGGAACAGCACUUUUUCUAAGUGGGAUGAUAAUUCAGAUUCUUUUUGGAAGAAGGAGAGUAAUAGAGAUGCUGACAUAAUAUUAACUUCAAAAAUUACAGGCUAUUCAGACAGGCCUGCAUCUCGUCGUAAACCUGAAUAUGAGUCGCCUUUAGACACAGAUGAGGCACAAAAAAAGUUUGGCAAUGUCAAAGCUAUUUCAUCAGACAUGUAUUUCGGAAAGCAAGACCAUGCAGAUUAUGAAGCUAGGGCUCGAUUAGAGAGACUUUCUGGAAGCUCCUCUAUAAGUUCAACUGACUUGUUUGAAGAUCAGAAGAAGCAGCCAACAGCUCCUGAUAUGACUCAUUUUAAACAAGGAGUAAAAUUGGUGGCAGGAAGACUUUCUGUUCUUGCUAAUGGAGUCAUGACAUCUAUACAGGAUCGCUAUGGUUCUUAACCAGUUGCAUAUUGGUACACUAAGGAAGAAUUUCUUUUCAGACGUGUGUCUGAAAUCCCAUUGCUGAUUUCAAAUGAAGGCUGCCUUAGGGCUGUAGAAUAUUUUACCAUUCAUUUGGUCAUUUUUGUUUCCCAUAUGACUUUUUGGCGCUCAGCAUUUUUUUCACUGUCACUUUUUAUUUUAAGUAGUGAAAUCCUUGUAGUAGCUUGUUACAGCACUUAUGCUUUUGUUUUUUUUAUAAUGUUGUAUCAGUGCCCUUAGCAUUAUGUAAAGAACAUAUUUCUAUUAGCAAGUUGGAUGUAGGCUGUGGAUAGGGCACUUAAAUUGAAAAAUGUGACUUCUGGAUAAAAAUCUUUGUGCGUCUCUAGUUAUCUUUAGUUGCAGUAUAAACUUGGCUGCUGACUUGUGGCCUUUGCAGAAGUUUUAAGUAAGACUUGCAUUGAGAUGGUGUUUAGUAAAUUAUAGCAAGCUAUAGGAAUUGAUUUGGAACUGUCAGGAAAUAGCUCUUAAUUAAUUAGCUCUGGAUGAAAAUGGCAGGACAAUAGGACCUUAAAGCACUAUUCCCUGUAGAAAAUCUUAUGCUUAGUAUGAGAUCUGUAGCUAUAGAUACUUUAAAUAACAGAUUUCAAUUUAGUCAUGGGAACAAUCUAUUCAUAACUGAGAACUAUUAAAAAUAGCAUGAGACUCAAGUACUUUUAAAAAACAAUAUUAUGUACAAAUCAACAAAAUUGAAGUAAAUAUAAUUUCUGGGUCAAAUAGAGUAGAUAACGGAAUAUUUAGUUUGUUACAUAUUUUAAGUAUAAUCUUAAAUGGUUUUUUUGAUAAAUUACAAAGUAUGUGAAUAAAUAUAGUGGGGCUUCUUUUUAGGUCAGCGAGACCUUGACAAAAAUAUGUAUUAUAAAUUUUAUGGACCUAAAAAAAUCAGAAAUUUAGUUCCACCUGAUUCUGUAGCUUCAUUUCUUAAACAAUUCUCAAAUUUGUAAUCUGCUUAUACUAAUAAAAACAUGGAAAUACCUA